UACCGCCCAUUCGAACCCUCGAAGACCAUCGAUCCACGUAGUAUUAGCUUUUUAGUGACUUGACCACUGCAAAACUAUUGCGCAUUGACAUGCUUACUCCACACCAUAGAUGUCUGUACCUGUCAAAACGACAACAGUAGACACAACCGUAAAAGAAAAAAAUCCCGGAAAUGUAAAUAGCUGAAAAGUGUGCUGUUAGGUUUUAUUUAUAUUGUUUUGGCCGGGGAGUCUGCCGCUUCCCUGCAUGCUGAAUCAACACAGACACAAAUCAGUUUUGGAUAUUCAUACUUUUACAACUCCAGGAUGGAAAAGUUGAUCAAUUGUUUCAAGAAAAAGCCCGAUGCUGUUGUCAGGUUGAUCUGUUUCCCCUGGGCAGGUGGAGGCUCCAUACAUUAUGCACGCUGGGGCAGCGUCCUUAACAGCUCCAUAGAAGUGUUUGCUGUCAAACUUCCCGGACGGGAAAGUAGGGCCAAAGAGCCUUUCUUUGAGAAUAUGCAACAGAUUGUGGAUGAAGUUCUUAAUUUGUUAUUGCCAGUACUCAAAGAGAAGCCAUUUGCUCUCUUUGGCCACAGUUAUGGUGCCUUUACAAGCUAUGCUGUUGCAGACGCUCUGAAGAAACUGGAAAACAUUGAGCCAGUACACAUCUUCCUGUCUGGUGCGUCAGCACCUUAUUCUGAGACUCGCAUCCAAGCCCCAAAGAGAAGUGACUUAUCAGAUGAUGACUUUCUCAAGUGGCUGAUUUCGAUUGGAGGAACUCCGCCUGAGCUCUUGGCCAACCCUGAAGUACUGAAACUGUUCCUUCCUGCGCUUAAGGCUGACCUCCAUGUUGUCGAGAAUUACAAGUGUAACAAACCAGGAAGUGCAUUCCUUUCCUGCCCAGUCUCAUGCUUUGAUGGGAAGGAUGAUAUUCCUCAUGAUUUACAAGCAUGGAAAGCCAUUACAACAGGAGAUUUCAACGUCAGGAUGCUUGAUGGGUCUCAUUUCUACCUUAAGGAUCUUGGAAAUGAAAGAAUAAUUUUAGACUAUGUUACAAGGCAACUAGAAUUGUCAGGAAUGGACUAUUUUUGAUUAAAUGUUUUAAAUGUGAUGCAUAUACAAUACACUCAUGGACAAAUGUUGGUACCCAUGUGUUCAUGAAAGAUUAACCAACAAUGAUCACUAAAAUAACUUGAAACUGACAGAAGUAAUGCAUACAUAUUUAUUGAAAAUUAACCAAUUAAAAUCAGGCAUUGUUUUUAUUUUUGUGGUCCAAAAUAAUUAUGUUUAAAAAAAAAAAAAAAACUAAUGAAUAUGGACUCAACAAAAAUGAUACUACUUUAACUUAGUAUUUUAUUGCACAGACAUUUGAUUAAAUCACUGAUUUCUGUUAUUCUCAAUGAGACUUCUUUUUUCAUUUGUAUGCAUGGCACAAGCAAAAUUGUUGGUACCCUUUUGUUAAAGAAAAACCCACAUUCAGAAAUUAAUUGAAACUGAUCAGACUGGAAUGGGCUGAAAUGCAUAUUGACAAGCUAAAAUGCUUCUGGGACAGUGUUCUUAUGAGGAUUUAUUUGCUUUGUUUUCUUCACAAAGGUUUUGCUUGUGUGAUGUUUACAAAGGAAAUAACUGUACCCCAUGAAACAAACAGGAGGCUUAAUUAUGUUAUUUUCCUAAAUCUGGCACGAUCUUGAACCUAUGCUGGGAGCAAAGAAAUCUCAAGACUAUCAAGGCAUUUUAAGCAAAAUAUGCAGCCCUUGUAAGAAAGCUUGGUUCUUAAAGACAAAAUAAUAAAUAAAUAAUCCAUGAGAAUUGUUUGAUUUCCCUCAAAAUGUCCUGAAGAAAAACAUCCAUCCAUCCAUCCAUUUUCUGAGCCGCUUCUCCUCACUGUGGUCGCGGGCAUGCUGGAGCCUAUCCCAGCUGUCAGCGAGCAGGAGGCGGGGUACACCCUGAACUGGUUGCCAGCCAAUCGCAGGGCACAUAGAAACAGACAACCAUUCGCACUCACAGUCAUGCCUACGGGCAAUUUAGAGUCUCCAAUUCAUGCAUGUUUUUGGGAUGUGGGAGGAAACUGGAGUGCCCGGAGAAAACCCACGCAGGCACGGGAAGAACAUGCAAACUCCACACAGGCGGGGCCGGGGAUUGAACCCAGGUCCUCAGAACUGUGAGGCUGACGCUCUAACCAGUCGGCCACCGUGCCGCCUGAAGAAAAACAAUGAGGAAAAAAAAAUAAAUGAAAAAGGCUGCCCUCCAAUGUUCACCAUCCAACCUGACAGAACUGGAGAGGAUCUGCAAGGAGGAAUGGCAGAAGAUCCCCAAAUCCAGGUGUGAAAAACUUGUUGCAUCAUUCCCAAAAAGACUCAUGGCUAUAUUAGCGCAAAAGGGGCUUCUACUAAAUACUGAGGGUCUGAAUACUUAUGGCUGUGUGAUAUUUCAGUUUUUCUUUUUGAAUAAAUCUGAAAAAAAAAAAAAAAAUCUGUCAAUAUGGGGUACAGUGUGUACAUUAAUGUGGAAAAAAUAACUUGAUUUUAGCAAAUGGCUGCAAUAUAAAAAAGUGAGGGUCUGAAUACUUUCCGUACCCACUGUACAUACAGUAGAUGAACAAAGAUACUUGAUUUGUAGUAAUAUAUAUGUAUAAAUGUUCUGACCAUUUAAGUGAAAUGUAAUGAUAAUUUCUCAUGGUACACCUGAUGAUCUCUCACGACACACUGAAGUGCCGUAGCACAGUGGUUGGAAAUUACUAGACUAGACUAAACUGUAGUAAGGAGAAGAAAUUGAUUCCAAUCCUAGCCCUGUUUGACCACUUCCUGUGGAAGGCUUUGCAUCGACUGACCGGGUCGUCUCCUGAGGAAAAAACACUUUCCCGGCAGCGUCUACCUGUGGCGCUUUAUCUCAUUAAAUUAACUCUUAUCCUAUUUUAGCUAAGAUUGUACAGCACCAUACUAUGUUAUAAAUGCUGCCCACUCGGCAUCAGUUAGACUAAGACUAUUUGGACAAUGUGUGACCCCCCCAAAAAAAGUACUUCUGAGGGUACAAUGGCCUUUCACAGGGAUGGUACCCUCAAAUAUACUCCUUUGUUUGUCAACAAUUACCCAUACUGUACUUGGUUCAUUUGUGUAGUGUUUAGGAAAUUGAUUCCCAUUGCAGCCCAAUUUGGACAAUGUGUGGCAAAAAAAAAAAAAACAUCAACUCCACAUUUGUUUUCUCUUUUUAAUAAAAAAAAAAAAACAAGAAACAUCCAGCUCCAAACAGUUCAAUAUUUUAAGUGGUCGAAGUAUUCUUUGUAGGAGCUACAGUAAAUAACGCCUGCUGACUAUAAUUCAGAUAUUUGAGAUUCAA